AUGUUGCAUGUAGUGUCUUCUGGUGGCAUUGAUGAUGAUAUCAAGCAUCUAGCCACGUCAUGCCGUCGGUGCCAAGACACCGCUAACACUCCGUCCAAGGAAGCACCGCAUCCCUGGAUAUAUCCCUCCGAGCCCUUUGAAAGAGUGCAAGUCGACUUCGCCGAGCACGACGGCCAGCACUACUUUCUGCUUGUAGACGCCUACUCAAAGUGGCGCUGCAUCCACAAGAUGUCUUCAACGACAACCCACCAGACCCUGGAGUGCGACAUCCCGAAGACCCUGGUGAGCGGCAAUGGUCCACAAUUCACGUCACAUCUGGUCCGCCAAUUCUGUUUGGAGAACGGAAUCAGUCAUAAGUGCACACCACCGUCCCACCUUGCAUCCCACGGACAAGUAGAACGUUGUGUCCAAGAGUUGAAGAAGUCACUGCGUAUGUGGCCGGACAAUAUGUCAGCCGACACACAGCUCCAUCGCUUCGUAUUCGCGUACCGCAACACGCCGCACUCGACAACACAAGUGACGCCUGCAAGCUUGGUGUCCAAGAAGUCCCCCGAUGCCAAGUUCUCCCUGCUGAAGCCAAAUUUCAGUAGUACCCAGCGUCAGCGUCAGACUGCUCAACGAAGAAAAAUUACACCGCAGGCGAUGCUGUAA